AUGGAGCACGAUGGGAAACGCCGCGCACGCAGCUACCCAUACGAGAGCCGUUUGGCAAGCAGUGCCAGAUGGACCGAGGACGACAAAUCUGAUGGACGUGAAACCGAGGAAGCUCACAGGGACAGGGUGCGGAGAGCUGGCUGCUGGCUGCUGGCAGAAGGCAAUGAUCAAACACGCGAUUGUGAUAGUGCACACAGAACAGGAGAAGAGGGUUGGCAGAAGAGGGGAAAGGGCCAGUCGUCGCACAAGGCCGUUUACAUGUGGAAGGCGCAAGGGGGGGCAGACUGCAGAACUGUUGUUCGGCCUUGUGCUUUCUCCACCAACGGCGAGGCAGAUACGGAAGAUUGUCGCAACAAGAAGGAACGAGCGGCCGGCAAGCACGACCUCCAAGGCAGCGACGACGGCGACUACGUCGAAGUCCCCACCCAAAGCUGCAGCAGAAAACGACUUUCCAGGGGAGGGAAAGGCCUAUUCUGCUUACGACACGCCACCCAGAUUACAUACGUACGAGUGCUGUGCAUCUACCUGUGCAGCGUUGUGCGGAGACCUAGGAGGCCCUCCAGGGGCAGCAGCCACCCGUUCAGGAACAGCCUCAAAGGUCAGAUGCGCCGGUCGGUUUCCACCGUGCUCGUACUCGUAGCGGACGGGCCACUUCUAGUGUCGCCCAGCAGCACAGCCGCUGCGGUAGCGAGGCCGCGUGCUGGGGCGGAUGUCCGCCAGAUGUCGUUUCGCCAAAACGAUCGCUCCGAGUGA